GCAACAUCGAAUUAGAAAAAUGGCGUUUGGUACAGCUGUGGGUUGCGCAAUUUUUAUGUAAAUGUGCAUGAAAUUUAUAAUAAAUUCGAAGUUUGAAGUGCAACAAAUUAUCGCGAGACAAUAAGUGAAUGUUUUGUAAAAUUUACACUGUGAAUUGUAGGAUAAAUUAGUGUUUUUUCGUUUCACAAAGCUGUGAUGGACUGUGUAUUUUUUGUGUUGUGGUGAUGUUCGGAAGGUAAUAAAUAAUGAAACGAAAAAUCAUGCGGCUGUGCAAAUAAUGUUACAAUGAUGGAUAAGUUAUGGGUGGUGUUGUUAGUGGCCUUGACCGGCGCACACUUUGGGCAGGGAUUGCCGCUGCGUUCGACGCCGCACAGCUACCCGCACAACACAAACGGGCCAAUCCCGGCAGGAUGGAAGGAGGGCAGCCUGUACGCGGCUGUGCCGGCGCUGGCGCUCAUAGUCACGGCCGUAGGGCUCCUGUUCGGGUGCACCUGGUGCUACAGGCACAAGGACUGUAAGCAAAACGAAGGAGCGGACAACCAGCUGUUCACUGCCAGCGCCACACACCUGCACGAGCGGCGCUCGCACCCGCCCGACUCCGGCUUCUCAGAGCCCGCCAACAACAACAUCAGCGAGGACAACAACAAUGGCCCCAUAUCGCUGCGGGAGAUGCAGAACAUCGCCAACAACAAUGCGACAGCAUACAUUGUUAGCGAGAACGAGGAGCGGAACAGAGUCAGCCGCGAGUCUGUUGUCGAGUUUGAGCCGUUGCCCACGGGCAUCAGGGUCGCUGAUCCGUUGGAGAGAUGCGUGGAUUGGUUCGGCGACGAGGAUUUCCCGAGGAAUAGAUUGCAAUAUCUACGCGAGAUCGGACGGGGGUGGUUCGGCAGGGUAGUGGAAGGCGAAAUCGAAGACGAAGGCACAACAACGACAGUAACAGUCAAAAUACUGAACCAGAACGCGAGUCUAGAAGACAAGGCUCGGUUCCUGGACGAAGCGCGCCUCUACCGCGACGCGAGUCACGAGAACGUGCUCGCCUUCGUGGCCAGCUGUCUGCAGGAAGACCCCUGGAUUCUUAUAUUUGAGCUGUGCUCCACAGAUCUCCAGAACUAUCUGACAGCGAACCGUCCAAUGAUGGCGGCACUGAACGAGAGCGGAGUCCCGUUGCGUCUCAUGUGUGACGUCACUUCCGCUCUCUCCUACCUUCACUCUAGGGGAUAUACGUAUGGUGAGCUGUGCACGCAGAACGUUCUGAUUCGUGGUUCAGAGGAGGCGGCGCGCGCCGUGCUGGGCCAUUAUGGCUUGGACCCGCGGCCGCAUGUGGACAAUAAUCAGCACAUGUCGCAGGCCGGCGACGUGUCGUCCCUGGGCUACGUGCUGCGCGACAUCUGCUCCUGGGCCGCCGCGCCGCCGCCCGCGCAGCCCGACUGCCCCUACCGGGAACAUCUACACCAAGUGAUGCAGCUAUGCUGGCACGAGAACCCUGACUCUCGGCCCGGCGCCGCCCAGGUGCAGGCGCUUCUCGAGCACCUCCACUCUACGCACAUGCGCUGCAGCGAAACCCGUGACGACGGCUACGGCAGCUCUGACUUCGAGGAGCGCUGGCAGCGCCUCAAGCCCAACACCAUCCCCAAGCUGGACGAGCACCGCGCCCUCGUGCACGCCCCCUCCACCUCCGUCACCUCACACUUCACCGGCUCCGAGGAGUCAUCCGCCCACUGCCUCAGCGUCGACAUGGACACCGCCGUCUCCAGGUCCAGCAGCAUCAUGUCGGAUAAAGACCCGCUGUCCGUGCAGAUCAAGUCCGAGAGCCUCACAAACCUCCACGGCUCGCUCGAGGACGUCCGCAACAUUUAUCUCACACAUAACGAGCAGGCCGUCCUCGAGUGCCACCAGGCCAACACUAUCGAGGACCGCGACGACGAUCGCUCGGACGCCUCCGUCGACCCGUGGCUCAAGGAGAUCAUCGCCGGCAGCCAGGACGACGUCAGCUACUACAAAGAUGUCAGCGACGUCAUAAAGAAUCUCGAUAAUAUUCUCAAUUCGGAAAAGACGUCCAGCUCGGAGUCGAGCCACCAGGCGAGUCCAUCGAGGGACAAUUUGAGCUUAGACUGUAAAAAAGAUUACCCGAUGCAAUCUAGUAUGGUUAAAUCGCCUGGCAUUACAAACUUCCAGAAUCUUUUGGAAGUCGGACUUGAAGACAAAUCGCCCGAUAAGAAACAGGAUGAGGAUGAAGAUAGAGAUACAAUAGGCACGCUCAGUCACUCCUUCGAGCGGCAUAGUGAUACCAUCAGCCAACACACCUUAGAAAAUUUAACUCCUGAUACGCCUAUAAAAGAUAUGGAGUUACCGUUUGAAAAAUCGAAUGCUGAUUUACAAAAUAAACUGCAUGCAAUUGAAAUAUCUGAGGAUGUACAAGUUGAAGCAGUAUUGCCAAAAGAAAGUGAAGUAGAUAAUAGUGAUAGUGUAAAAACUGAUUUAUGUAUAACGCCAAUGCAUAGUGUUAAUGAAGAUAAGAAUGUGAAUGUGAGUGAAGACUGCCAAACCCCGAGUGAUAAUAAGUUAACUGAUAUAUUGCAUGAUAAGGAAACAGUGCAAGCUAAGUCAAUAAGUGAAGUUAGCGAUAAUUACCCAGUUUGUAAUAACGCGGAAGAAGUAAUAAUUAAGACUGUUCCAACUUUAGAACAAAAUGUGCCAGUGAAUGUAGAAGAUAAAGAGAUCUUGCCGGUAUUCCCUGAGGUAGUUAAAAAUGAUAAGGCUGCAGAUCUGUUACCAAAUGCCCCACUAGAAGAAAAACAUGCGACUGACCUACGACUCGAAACGACUAGCAUAAAUAAUCAAAAAGAAAUAAAUAAUGAUCUCAUUUCACCUGCAGAAAGUACAACCGAUAGUAAAAUAACCCCAUUUGAUAUGAUAGCCCUGGAAGAAACUUCGUCUGUAAAAGUAGAAAACUUAGACAAUGUUAGUCAAAUAGCGUUUGAAUCUCCUCAUAGGUUAGAAGAAAGUCAACAAGGCGAUUCGCCUUUACCAACUUAUGAAGAAAAAGAGGAAUCAGAUGUGCCUGAAUCAGUACAAAUUAUAUCCGCCGUUCCAGUUAUUGAGAGCUUUUUAACUGGAAGUCAUAAUAAAGGCGAUGUAGAAGUAGAUCUUAAGUCAAUUACUGAAACAGAUGUUUCUAAAAACACAGAGGAAGAACUUGUGACAUUGGUAGAAAAAGAAGUUGUGGUGACAAAUGCUCCAAUUAAUGUUACUACACCUACUUUGAUUUUCUCGGAAGCACAAGAAGACAAACAACUCUCAAUAGAUAAACUUCCUGAGGAAUUUAUUGACAAAAUAAUUAAAGAAGCUGAGACAGCUGCUUUGAAUUGUAUUGAAACUGCUCGAGCUAAAACAUUAGUACCUGAACCAUUGAAUAUUCCUAAAAGCGAAACAGUGGAAAUAUUUCUUAACACUGAAAUAAAAUCCUUAAAUAACUCUACUGCAGAUAAUAUUACUCAUGAUACUAGAGCUGGGCAAGAAAUAUUACAAAAACAAACAUCCUCACAAGAAGAUGGUCAACAUAAUUUUUUAAAAGAGGAGGUAAAAAUACCUUCAUCCAGCAAUCUAGAUAAUAUUACAAAAGAAAUCUUGCUAGAUGCCAUGCAAGAAGUACCUAAAGUUAUGCUAAAAGUAGAAUCACUGGAUUUUUUUCACGAGAAUAAUUUAAAAGUGACAACCACUUCUGACGCUUAUUUACGAGAAUGUGAAACGAAAGCCCCUGAAAUCGAAUCUCUUCCGGAUGUUGUACGGGAUGUUACGCACUCCAUAGAUCAACCGAUUGAUAAACAGGUGCAUUGUGAUAUGGAAAAUACUAAUACGCAAAUUGAAUCACAAUCAGUGGUCCCUCAGAUAUCACUUGAUCUUGAAUCGACAGCAAGUGCAGAUUCUUCACAAAGUACUUUUCUCAUUAAAGACACACUGAAAGAAGAAUCUAAAAUUGUAUCCGAAAGUCCUGUAGACAUUUUACUAGAUGAGCCAGUACAAGAAAUUGUGGAACCGAAAGUUAACAUGGAAACUGUGAUAAAUAAAUUUCUUGAUUCUGAAAAAGGAGUAACAGAAAGUUUAUGCGCUGAUGACACUUUGAAACCAACAUCUAAGGUACCAAGUCAGAAUGAAGCUGAAUUAAUUGCAGUGGUUGCAGAAGAAACAAUUGCAAAAGACAAUAUUGUAGAACAAAAUGCUAUUCCCGAGUCUAAUACUACUGCUGUUGAAAAUGAGCGUGUACCAUCAGAUGACAGCACAGCUUAUAUGGAUCUGACAGAUAGUGCGAAAACUGAAAUUGUAGAACAAAACCCUAUGGAUGAUAACGUUAAAGAUGUCAUUAACUCUUGCUUAGAGACUCCUGGAAAUGAUAGCUGUUCACUAGUCAAGUUGGAAUCCACAGAGUACUUAGACCUGCCUACUGUUGUGAGGGAUGUGGAUGAGUUUUUACACGCGGAAAGGCAACUUAGCAGCCAAGUGGACGAGAAGGAUCCUCUAUGUUCAAGUACACCUAAAAGCUCAGUGGAUGAUGCUCCAAACUCAACAGAAGAAAAGUCUGACGUAUUAUCAGAAACAAAAGUCCCCAACUAUGGACCCGGAGUAACGCUAACAAAAUUGGAACAACAAUGUGUCCCAGAUUUUCUAAGCCCUUUUGAUUCUCCGACCAAAAGUCACCCAACUGACACCUACGAUGAAAACAGCUCAGUAGUCCUAGGCCCUUUUGAGAACUGCACCAUGGAACUUUUUAAAGGCGUUAAAUCGGGUGAAGAUCUAGGCGACAUCCCGAAAGAAGAGAUGUUCUUCUCUUCAAAUUUCAGCGAAAUGAAUCUCGAAACUCCGUCGCCACUCCGCGAUGGUAACUUUUUGAAUGAAGUGCCGGAUAUAGUGAACGAUGAUAAUUUCCUGGAUAUUAUCAGUGAUCCCAAGGAUGAUACAGACUCGAAGACCGACGCCAGUGACGUCACUGAUCAGUCUGUUGCUGAGAAAAAAGUUUCACCGUCAACGCCUCCCAACUCUCCUGGUUACUUUCUAGCAUCUACAUCUCAGCAGAAAUAUCUAGUAGAUAUAGAUUUCAACCCAGCAACGGAGCCCGCUCCCGUGGAGUCAGAUUCCGGUUUAAGUUCACUGCAUAAAGAAAUCGAGUUGAAUCAAAUAGAGCUUCAAAUCACUUCGAAAUUGGCUAUGGCCGAGAACGAAAAUAAUUUAAAUAUUGAAUACUCCGGGCCGUUGACUGUGGAAGGUUUAGUGCAGAAUGAUCUGGUGAGGGAGGAGGAAUCGGCGCCGGAGACGUUUCUAGCGGGGAACGGGGGGAACAUUGAUGAUAUACGGGAGAUGUUCACGCUGGAUGAAGACUGCGUCAACGCGUUGAGGAACGAGCUGGAACUGAAGCUGCCUCUUGCACAGGUGGCAGCGAUAGAGCCCUCGUGCGAGAGCGAGAGCUCCAGCGGGUCUUGGUCGGAGCUGCCGCCGCCGCCCGAGCUGGUGGUGAGCUACCCGGGCGCGCUCAGCCCCAUCGCCGAGGAGACCGGCCCGCAGCUCUCCGCCUACGAGAACGACGUGCUGUGGAACGCGUCUCUCCGCACGGAAUCCUCAGAAAGCUAUCCUUCUCCAUGCAACAAUUCUACGGAGGAACCGACGGAGCCGCCGACAGGCCAAGACACCUACACGCUGCCCGGCCGGCAAUCCUGCACCCAACCUCAGACUAGUAGCAGGGAGAUAACAAUGAGUGCCGAUAGUCUAAACGCCAGUCCCGCGAAAACCGGAAUAGACGACCGAACGUUCACCGUGGACGAGGGCCCCUGCGAGCGCAUCUCCCAGGUCUCCCCUUUCGUGCUCAGCCCCACCACCGACUCCUCUGCCACCGCCGUCACGGGCGUCUCCACACUGUCCAAGACCACGCAACCGACCGACAUCAAACCUUCAGAAACGCUCUCUAAAGCUACCAGCAUCGAUUCCUGGUGUUCCAACGACACGCUAUAUAACGUAGAAGAGGCUUUCGAUGACAUAGCCUCCGAUCAAGAUCUCCCUCCAGACUUUGAUGCCGAAAAAGACGACAGCGAAAGCGACACGCUCACCCUCGACGAUGAUAAAGAGGUCAGCCACAUAUCCACCUACAUCGUCCACGACAGCAAGUCGGACGACGAUCGGUUCUCACCCGACUCCAUCACAGCGAACGAUAAUGACAACCAUACGUAUACGAAAGCGAGAGCCUCGCCGACCAAGUCUGAGGGCUCAAAAACGAAGGAUUUAGCGUACGGGACGAUGACAGGGCCGUACUCUAACUGCACAACUGAAAUCUUGUCUGCCGAUAAUGCUUGGAUGUUACCCCAACCGGAGCUAGUUCGACGCUCCCCCAUAGAUGUCAAUGUCGAUAUCUCCACUCCGGCACCCAAAGAACGCGAGGAAGUAAUCGAUAGCCCGAAAUUAAAAAGUGAACCUUGUGUCAAAAAAAUGGACAGCGUUGAAAUAACUUGCCUAGAAGAUCAUUUAUUAAACAACGAGAGCCCGAAACGUGAUGAAACCCACGACAGCCCGCACUGCAACUACGAUAUGGGGGCCGGUGUGACGAGCACUCCUCUUACGGAGAUUCCUUCGGAAGAGAGCACGCCUUCGACUUUGGCACUAGAUAUGAGGACGCCAGAAAAUCUACCCAACAUUGUACCCAACUACCAGUCUUUUAUGCUGUCAGCGGAGCUGCGGCAACAAGAGACAGAUGUACAUACCUUCCCUUACGAGUCCGAGGUAUCCGAGGAGAGCCGACUUGGAUCGGAGGCGACGCCGUCUUUCAUCGAGUUCAUGCACGCGGCUACUUCUAAACCCCAGGAAACCUCGCGCUUGCACUCUAGUCAAAACGGUUCAGGCGACUUCGACCGAUUCGAAAACUCAUUGAAAACACGCCCUCAGGACCUUUCCCACGAGAAAGAAGCUCCUACAGAAGACUUGACCAGGCCUAGUCAACCGAGAACUCUAGUUUUAAGUCCGCCUAGUAUUACGAAUUUUAAAGAAUCUCACGUAGGUAAGAAUACAGUUAUAAUUACAGACUUAGAGGAGGAUGAGACGGAGCAACCUCAUUCGAUUAUUAUCGCUGAAAUUUCCAAAGAAAAGGACAGUCCUAAUAGGACGUUUGAUUCUCAUAUAGUCGAAUUGAAUCAUACAUACGACUCUCACACGAGCAGGAAACAAAUAGAUGGCGCACUAAAAGAGAGCAACAGUGACAAUUCCAAAGAAAUAACAAUAAAUGGAACAAAUGAUGAAAGUCAUGAUAUGGAUCAAACUGAAGUCAAAUCACCCGAAACAAAAACUGAAGAAACAAAGCAUAUAGAACAAACUAUAAAUAAUGUGUCAACAUCUCUUAGAGACAUCCCAAAUGGCACAGUUUCAAAAGUCAAUAACGCUUAUGAGAUAAAGUGCAAUGGCAAUAGCGAGAAAUUUGCAACAGUCAACUUUAUAAGCGAAUCUUUUGAGGAACUUCUCGAGAGCAAUGUCGAUGACGGGGACUGCAAAGAGACCAAGCCCGAUGAUGAAAUCCUAGAAAAUUCUGAAGAAGAUAAAACGCUCCCUUUAAAAGAUAGCCCGGUGAAACUUGUGCCUGAACAAGUGAACGGAGUGGAAGAGAAAAUGGUGGCUGUGACAGAGGAUUUUUUACAGAACGAGAAGAAGUUCUGUCAGCUUGACGUUUACCUGCCGAUCCUGAGUGAUAUUCGAUUUACAGGACCAGCUUCCGAGAUCAUGAGUACAUCGUUCACGGAAGACUCACCGACGGAGCCCACGCCAGAGGGAGACGGCAACAAGCCCGGCGACGAGAAGGAGUGGGACAGCGACACCGACUCGCACUCCAGCAAUUCGUCGAGUGGCGAAUUUAUUUGGAAGGGCGGCGACGGGCAAGAGACCUCCGUCGUUCCAACCACGCAAUUCGACCAUCGCGGCUCGAACGGGUCCGCGGGCCGCGCGGCGCCGGGCUCGGGCAGCGCCUCGGGCUCGGGCUCCGGCUCGGGCUCGGAGGGCGACGAGGUGGAGUUCGUGCCGUCGUCGUGGGACUGCCGCGCCGAGCCUGCCAAGUCCUCCCUUCGCAGCCUGCCCGUUUCACAGGAUAACAAGAAGCGCGUGGUGUUCAAGCGGCAGAAGUACCACUGCGUGUACGAGUACCCGCGCGAGCUGGCCGCCGUGGACGCCGACUCGCCCGCCUACCUGCCCGACCUGUCCACAUACUCAGAAUGGGACCCCGGCAGCGCGGAGGAGGCGGAGCUGGGCUACGGGCAGCUGUUCGGCGCGGCCUCGCCGCUCGACCUGUACCCGCUGCGCGGGACCAUCGCCUUCGGAGCAGAUUACGAUGAGGAUUUCUUCAUAUCGUCAUCGGCCCGUCCGUUCGAGAGUCUCGGCGUGAUGUCCACCACCAGCCAGUUCUUCCCCGGCAUGCGGCUCAAGCCGCUCGACCUCCCCGCCGACGACGACUUCCCCCCGCCGCCCUCCCCGCUCGCGCCCCUCCCGCAGACGCGUACGCCCUCGCUGGACUUCACCACCCCGGACUCCGGCGUCGAGGACAUCACCCCCGGCUCCACCUCCACCGACGAAGACUUCAAAACCAAGAAGCUCGAGGACGUCACUCAGUGGCGGAGCAUGGACAGCGGCAGCUCCAGCGAGUCCGUCAGCCCGAGCUCCCCCGGCGGCGAGGCGCUCGGCGGCCUGCGCCACACGCGCGACAAGCUCAAGCUCGACCUCCCGCCCAGCCCGCACAUACCCUCGCCCAGGCACAACAGGGUCUUCAACUUCGUUCUCGACAAGCCGAAGAGGCGCGCGGCCGACGACCGGUCAGACGUCGGCACCACCCCCCUCGUCAUGACCGACGACACCCCGCUCGUCACCGCCCCCCUCCCCGUGCCCGACUGCGAGGACGUCCCCGUCCCGGAGCCCACCUUCUCCACAUUCGGCAAGACCGUCCCUCGAGCCGACCCCGAGCAGAAGAUCAUACUGACCGACGACGGAGAAAAGGCGGCCAGUCCCGUGAAGGAGCCCGUCCGCGGGGAGGGCACCGUGCUGGACAGCGGCGACGAGGACUCCGGCAUAGAGAGCAGCGCUAAAACCACGCUCGAGCGCAAAACCCCCAACGUUUCUUAGAUAUAAUAUCGUAGUGGUGGCGUGGCGUCAAAAUUGUUCCAAGAUCGUGACGAAAUUUCUCUCACUUUCUUUAAAACCUGCGGGUCUUAUCGCGAGCAUAAAGACUCAAUGAGAAACUGAGCGGAGCGGUAUAGCAGUCUGCCUCGCUCUAACAUAUCCGGCCAAUUCUUUUGUAUCCAUGUAUACGAUUGCUGAGACUCACAGCUGAACGAUUGAGUUCGGAUGAACGUGUAAAAUAAGAAACCUAAAAUGAUUUUAUAAAAUCCUCGGGUUCCAUACAUUAAUUACGCCGCGCCACUGGCGCAGAUUGUUAUAGCUCCGAGGCCUAUGGUCCGAUCGUUACUUUAGCUGAUAGUAUUACCAACACUAGGUUAACUCGAGGCAUACAACGGUAAUUCGUAGAAAAACAUUACCCUCUCGUCAUUGCCUACUCAAACGUAAUGAAGAAACAUUUAAUUGACCAUUAGGAAAGUUCAACUCAUUUGAAUGUUUCAGAUAGUAAGGGCACUAAAAGACUGUUAAGUCUUUUAUAAUAGGUACAUGAGAUUAUCUCUCCCUUAACCGUUUGUAUUGAAGUAGAUGUUUUCUACGGGCAAGCGAACACAACGUCCGCAAGUGUUUAGUUUCUCUAUGAAUACAUAUCGAAGAACGCGUUAUUUUAUGCCAUUUGCAUUGCGUUUAGUCGAAAUGGCAUAUUGUUGUUUUCUUUAUAACAUCUUCAUGAAAUCAUGCCAAUUUAUGCAAUAUGGAGAUAUAAAACUUCAUUAGCAAUAGUUUUACUUGACAUUCGUUGAAACAAUGAACUUAGAAUGUCAAUUUAACUCAUCUGAUAUUACCACUGUGUAGAAUUUAACGAUAUCUGUAAUUUAGCCAAUCUAAAGCUACGUCCACAAGCAUUUCCUAUGAAUGCUAAAUACCAACAAUAUUUUAGGGAAACUACAGACAUAAGGUACAAAUAACCGGCAGUAUCUAAUAUAAGUAAGUGCUUUGAUCCGUUUACAGUCCCGUGAUGAAGCAGCCUAAUUUUAAUACUGUAGUACGAUGGCCUAUCCAUUUUUGUAAAGUUUUAUCCCAUUCUUAUACUUGCUAGAUUUUUCAUACGUAAAGUGUUACUCUAAUUUUUAACAUAGUGUAGAGUUGCGUUUGGUACGUAAAGAGAACGCUAUAGGAAUAUCGGAAACUAUAUCUACACGGACGAAAUUUUAAAAAUAUCUGGCUCUUAAUCUCAUGACUAUAUAAUGGUGUCUUUGAAGGCGCUUCGUUCGUGUAGAAUUGUAGAUAUAAUGUGUUACUGAAGUGUAAAAUAUAGGUAUAUUUGAAGACGUUCUUUUAACAACCAAAUAAUAAAGUUGGAACAUAUAAAGUACCUAUAUUUUACUCGAUUUCUGUCCUUGGAUGGAGGUAGAAUCUCAUUAGAACCUAGGGCGGAGACCCAAACGCGACUUAAGUUAUUCAAUGUCUAAAUUAUUUCAUUUACGGUGAUUUCACAUACGCACAAGUGAAUUCGCAUCUUCCAUCUAUCGAACCUCGACAUUAUGAAAUCUAAAUUAAAUAUAUCGGUAUAAAAUUGAGGUUACAAAGCCAAUUCUUAGUUAAGUGAAAAUUUAUAUUAGAUAAGGUAGCAAUAGAUGUAAAGAGUUGUGGUGAUUAUUGCGUAUUCGGCGCCGGCGGACUGGUCGUAUGUAUCUAGUGUACUAAUACAACAUGUAAUUGAUCCAGUCACUGACACCUGCGUAUGCUCAGGUACCGGCUAGUGCUGAGUAUUUAGAACCUAUUGUUUUUCUUAGUGUAAGGCCUGAGUGGACGCUCGAAGCGGAGCGUUCGGCGGGGCGUGCAGCGUGGCAUCGGGCUUACAAGUGAUUUCAGCAGCGUGCACUAAGGCCGCUCCUAUACGUUUGCAUUUGUUUAACAUGCACGCUGCCCCGCUGCACGGUCAACUCGAGCGUCCACUCAGGCCUUACACAUAAGGUUAAAAAUAAAUGGCCAACUUAACACCUAUUUGCGAGAGGUUAGAUAAGUGUGUUUUAGUUAGUGCAAGCAGCAACAACAGUAGCUUAGUUAUGCGGUUUUAAAAUGGUCUCUAUUGUUAAAGCAAUAAGGUAUCGAGCAUGGUCUACGUAGCUACCUUGUGCUGUGUACGCGCUGAGCACAGGCCUCGCCCGCGCCGGUCCCACGACCCAUCAAUAUAAUAUGCAAUACGUCCAAGUGUGAACCUAAUGUGCAAUUCUUCUCAUUUCCAUAUCAUGGUGUUUUAGUUGUUUAGUUACUCAAUGUAAAUAUAAUUUAAUGAUCCAAGGAAAAUUUUUAAUAUGAAAUUUUAUUGCUUAUAUGUAUUGUACGACACGUUUAUUGUUCUGAACAUUAUUUUUACAGUUUUAGAAUGUUUUCGUUAAUGUACAGUUGUAAAUACGGUAGGAGUCCAUUUUGUUAUGAUGUAGUGGAGGUUUCGCGUCAAAGUAAUUCGUUCUGAACGCUUAAUCGAAAUCUCUAGACAGAUUCCAUUAUACUACGUCGCUAAAGAACAAGGAAUUAUUUGAUUGAAUGAAUUGUCCAAUAAUUAUGGUAUUUAUUGUUUGUAAGUUGUUAUUGAUUUGUAUGAACUGUCCGCAGUAUUUCGUGAAUGUGAACGUUGAAGGUUUUCAUAUUGUGACUUUGUCUUGUCUUUUAAAAGUAUUUCUAUGGAGAAAAAAAAUAAUGAAUAAAACUCGUAACUCAA